GUAGAACCAUGCCGUUUGGUUCAUUCUGUGAUUUCCCGCCUCCAUGGUGCUCACCGCGAAGCGGUCCCUAUCUCCUUCGACGGAGGAUGAUGAGGUGUCUGCCAAGCGCUGCUGUCGGCGUGAUGUGAAACUCACCGACAAGUUCACGCUGCAUCGAGGGUGGCUGCACAAGAAGGGCACUGGAGAUGUUGCCGCCGUGGAUGGGUCCACUGCAGGGUUUCCGUGGCAGCGAACGACUUCCAGACUACGACAUGUAACUACACAAGACCGCAACAUGUACGUGGCGGCGCUUUACACGCUGACCAACAACAUGGGCCUCAUGCAAGACACGAUCCACAUGAGCAUCUCGCUCCUCGACCGAUUCCUCAAGAUCCAACCGAUCACGUUGGAGUGGCUGGAAGUUGUGAGCAUUGCGUGCAUCUGGAUCACGGCCAAAUUCAACGAAACCCACACCGCGCUCUCCACGCUUCGUGUGAAGGAAACCCUCCAGCAGCGACAAGGCCGUGGCAAGGGCAACUGGAGUUGGCACCACGUGCUCGUCCUGGAAUGCCAGAUCUUGAAGCGUCUCGGCUUUCGCAUCUUACACCCCACGCUGCAGUGGCAAUUCCAUCAAGGUGUCACGGCUGGCACGAUCAGCCUCACGCCAGCCCAGCUCGACGACGCGCAAUACUUUAUCGACCUCAGUUUGAUGGACGCGUCGUUCCAGUCGUUUGCCGUCGCGGAUGUCGUGGACGCGGUGGUGUUUCUCACGACCGAAUUCCUGCCCAACUCCAACUUCGAAUUCGAGUCCAUGGAACCGCGAGUCCGCGACCCCGUCAUGCUCUUUUUCGUGUUGCACUUGAACCUCCAAAAAGGCGGCAGUGACACUAAAACCUCCAUCCAUCGAUCUCUCAUCUGUAAGCACAACCAACGCUUGUCCAAGGCGUGGCGUCACCAAAAAUCUCGUGCGCCACCGUGCGACUGCCGCAUCUGCCACCCAUAGCUAGAUAGAUACAACUUAACUUAUCAUGUACCAUACCAUCAUC